CCCUGCCACUUUCCAAAAGGCUGAUGGAGAAAACUGUGGGGGACAUGAUCUUGAUUGAGGUGUUGGUGUACCUGGAUGACAUCAUUGUGUUUGGAAGAACACUGGAAGAUCAUGAACAAAGGUUGGAGAAGGUGCUGAAACGGCUUCAUGAAGAAGGCCUCAAGCUUUCCAGAGAGAAGUGUCAGUUCUAUCAGCCAUCAGUUCACUACCUUGGCCAUAUUGUCUCUGCAGAGGGGAUAUCAACAGACCCAGAGAAGUUGGAAGCAGUCACCUCAUGGCCUAGGCCCACCAAUGUGACAUAUCUACUGUCAUUCCUGGGAUUCUGCUCCUAUAAUAGGAGGUUUGUGGAGAGGUUCGCAAAAAUUGACAAGCCUCUCAACGAAUUGUUAAAGACGGAAGACGAGGAUGAUAUCCCUGGGUCGGAAAGGCCGGUGAAAAUAAAUUCGGGACCCUGGAAAUCCAAAGAGUCCAUCUGUGACCAAUGGGAUCCCAAGUGUGAAGAGGCAUUUCUUCAGCUCAAAAAGAAUCUAACUACUGCACCCGUGCUGGCCUAUGCAGAUACCACCAAACCCUAUGAGAUGCACGUGGAUGCCAGUAGAGAAGGAUUAGGAGGGGUGUUAUACCAAGAACACGAUGGUCACCUACGCCCGGUAGCUUAUGUAAGCAGGAGUUUGACUUCUUCUGAAAAUAAUUAUCCCACCCACAAGCUCGAAUUCCUGUCAUUGAAGUGGGCGGUGGUCGAUUAAACUCAAAGACUAUUUAUAUG